CGGGUAGCUGUAGGUCUCGGUCUCCUCAUCGUACUCGAAGUCCUCGAUCUCCACCUCAUCGUGAAACACCGACAUGACCCCACGUCGCCGGCGGCUCUCAACUGCGCAUGUGCCGUCCGUCUUCCCCGGCACUCAGGAGCUGGUGACUUUGACCAGGGAACACCAUGGCCCACACUACCAUUUUUGCUGCUUUUGCUAUUCCUCAGUUACUGAGAGCACAAUGAAAUCCAAAAGGAAAACAGAUCAUCUGGAGAGAACGGCAAAUAACUUUCGACAGGAGGUUAUAUCUCCAGCAAAAGUGUGUGGCAUCACCAAUGAAUCUGAAACAGUUAAAAGACUUCGCUUGGCUGUCACAAAUAAGGAUUUUACUUUUAAAGCAGGACAGUGGGUAGAUUUCUUUAUCCCUGAAGUUGCCGUAGUUGGUGGAUUCUCAAUAUGUUCCAGCCCUGGUCUACUGGAACAAGAGAGAGUAUUGGAACUGGCAGUAAAACAUACUGUACAUCCUCCUGCUCACUGGAUUCACACUCAGUGCUCCCUUGACUCAGAAGUGGCUCUGCGAGUGGGAGGCAAUUUCUUCUUUGAUCCUCAACCUGCUGACUCCCCUGUAAACCUUGUGCUGAUAGCAGGGGGAGUAGGAAUCAACCCAUUGUUUUCCAUACUGCUACAUGUAGCAGAUUUUCAUAGAAAUCAAGAGAGUGAAGAAAAUGGGUAUAAAAUGGGAACAGUGAAGCUGUACUAUAGUGCAAAAAACACAAAUGAACUCUUAUUUAAGAAUAAUAUCUUUGGUUUGAUGAACGAAUUUCCUGGAAAGAUCACAUGCAGUUUCCACGUUACCCAACAGAGUUCACAAAUCUGUGAAGAACUUCAGCCGUAUAUCACUGAAGCUCACAGUUCCCACAAGACCAGCAUUUGCAAGAUUAAACCAACAUUUUGAAACUUUCAGGAACUUUUCCAAGUCAGUUUGUGGACUAAAAAAUUCCAAAUAUAUAAUCUGAGCUGCUUGUGCUAAGCCAUACAUACAGUGCAGAAUCCAGAAGUGAUUUUACAGUACAAUGUUUUAAACACUGAGCAUUUAAAAGACCAAGUGAUAAACAGUGCAAGUAAGUAGCAAAACAUCCUGAGCCAUUUGUACAAAAGUUUCAGGGGGAGAAUGCACAAGGCCACCUCAUACAACACCACACCACAAGACUCAUCUUGACCACCAUUUUGGAUGAUCUGUGUUGACUAAUGCUGAAGGCUCUAUUUUGACUAGCAAUAAAAGUAACUAUGGUUUCUUGAAAUGUUGAUGCAAUAGUCAUAGAAUUAAAAUCAGAAGGGACCACCAGAUUGUCUAGUCUGACCUCCAAUAUAUCACAGGCCAUCAAAACCACCUACCACUCACACACUGAACCCAACAACUGAAAUUAGAUCAAGGUAUAGCCCUCAGGAGACUAUUGCGUGCCACAGGCAAAGAAUAGGAGAGACUGAGGUGCACCAAGGCCCCAGGAAGGGCAGGAAAUUGAUUGAGAGGUACCCUGAUGAACCUGGCAGGCAACUUGGACCACAUGCUGCAAAGGGAAAUGAAACCACCCCAAGACCACUGGAUAAUCAGCUGAACAUGAGCUCCCAGUGUGAUGCUGUGGCCAAAAGAGCUAAUGCGAUCCUGGGAUGCAUAAACGGGAAUCUCGAGUAAGAGGAGAGAGGUUACUUUACGUCUGUAUUUGACACUUGUGCACCCACUGCUGGAAUAUUGUUACUCUUCGGGGGAUUCUGCGGGACUGUGCACCUGCAGAAAAAACACCCUCCCCCUGCAGAUUUCCUGCUUUUCCCUGCAGAAAACGGCAGGGAAGCUGCACUUGGGGGAAGGAGGUGGGCCGAUCAUGUGUGCAUUUUUUUGCGGGGGGUUACCACCCCAGACAGAGCUGAGGCAUGGGCGGGGGAGCACACGGGGUUACAUUUCUGCAAACGCAGAGCUGCCCAGCUCAGAGGCUGCAUCUCGGGCUCCGCUGACUCUGCAUGCAGCCUCCUGGCGCCAGUCGUGCUCCCCAUCUGUGUGCUGGGAGCCUUCCUGUUUUCUGUGGAACAAUGAGUGCCCGCGGCGGGGCUGGGUAAUGGUGGGAAAUGAGGGAAGGGGGCUAAGGGGAAGGAAGGAGUGGAACAGGGCCGGGAGAGGGCAAUGUGGGAGUGAAGGGAAGGGGAUGGAGAAGAAAAGGGAAUAGGGGAAUAACAGCGGGGAAGUGGGAGCCUAACAUGCUGUGUCCCCUUGGCAGCAGCUGGGGCUCCCCCGUUAAGCAGGCCCAUCAAACUCUCACCCUGACAAGCUCUACCCCCCGCUACACCUGCACCCCUCUGACAAGGCCCUCACCCCACUAAGCCCCAACCAUCUGCAGCUGGACCCCAACACCCAGACUCCCCCCACACUGAGCCCCCACACCCCGCCAAGCCCCAUCUCCCCCCACACUCAGACCCCACCCCCGCUGAACCCAACCACGAUCACCCGAACCUCCUGCAGAGUCCCAUUGUCCCUGCAUCCGGAACCCCCCAACGAGCCCCUGUGCAUCCAGAUCACCCACUGAGCCGCCCACACCCAGACUGCCCCACACAGAAACCUCUCACCCCACACCUGGAUCCCCCCCACACUAAGCCUCUCCACACUUGGAUCCUGCUGGGCUGAGCCUGCCCAGCCAUACCUGGCACAGGGGGGCAUGCCCCCAGGGUGCUUCUGGGGCAGGCCCAGCCCUUGCACUGUGUCAGGGUCAGGUGCAGCCUCACUGCUGAGUCCUUGUACUGGGGGAGGUGGAGGCUUCAGGGUGAUCUCCCACCUCAAUGCAGCCAGUGGCCUGUGCUGCCAUGCUGGAGCCACAUUUAUUUACUGACAAAUAAAACUUGCAGAAUUUUAAAAUGUUGUGCACAUAAUUUUUAACUUUUUGGCAAAGAAUUCGCUUAGGAGUAAUAUUGUGUCCAGUAUUAAUGCCCACAAUUCAAGAAGGAUGUUGAUAAAUUGGAGAGGGUUCAAAGAAGAGCCACAAGAAUGAUUAAAUGAUUAGAAAACAGGCCUUAUGGUGAUAGCGUCAAAGCACUCCGUCUAUUUAGCUUAUCAAAGAGAAGAUUAAGGGGUGACUUGAUUACAGCCAUAAGUACCUACACGGGGAACAAAUAUUUAAUAAUGUGCUCAGCUGUCUAACAGAAAAAGGCAUAACACAUCCAAGCGAUGGAAGUUGGAGCUAGACAAAUUCAGACGGGAAAGAAGGUGUAAAUUUUUAAUGGCCAGAGUAAUUAACCACUGGAAUCAUGUACCAAGGGUUGUGGUGGAUUCUCCAUCACUGACAGUUUUUUUUACUCAAGAAUGGAUGCUCCUCUAAACGACAUGCUCUCAGAAUUAUUUUGGGGCAGUUCUGAGGCUUGUAGUAAACAGGAGGACAGACUAGAUCAGGGGUCGGCAACCUUUCAGAAGCGGUGUGCUGAGUCUUCAUUUAUUCACUUUAAUUUAAGGUUUCGCGUGCCAGUAAUACAUUUUAAUGUUUUUUAGAAGGUCUCUCUCUAUAAGUCUACAUAUUAUAUAACUAAACUAUUGUCAUAUGUAAAGUAAACAAGGUUUU